CCCCUUUAAGGAUCGAUACCAUUGCCUAUAGAACCGCUGAUUGCGGCUCGGUGGAGCCGGGGGAUCGCGGAACGCUCGAACGACGUAGCUCGAAGAACGUGGCGCGAAGGGAAGCGGCUUGAUUUUCAGUCGUAGUCGGGGAAAGAGCUGGAACGGGAGGGUGGGCGACCAACCCCCGCGCCACCAAGAGGAAUUCAGAGCUUUAUUAUCGCCGGUCCCUGAACCCGCCGCUGCGGGUGCUCUCCAACGUGCACCGACCAACGUUCUCUCUGGCUCUCGCGCUGCUGCGUUUCCGAUUUGCUCGACCUCGACCGGUCCGCGAGAACAAUUAUCCUCAUUCAAGAUUAUCGACUUGCACGAUAUUCGGAUUUGUAUUCGAUGUCUAUUCGUUCGAUGCUUGUCUUCCCGUAAUCUCGUAUCGAUUCUUAUAUUAUUUGUUUUCACUUGUGGUUGGCACGUAUGUAACGCAGCGUAAAUAAAAAUUUCUUAUUUAUAAGACUGCAUAUAUAACGCAGCGUAAAUAAACAUUUUUUAUUUCUAAGAUUGUACAUAAAAACGUUGAAUAAUAAUCUGGAAACGAUGGUAAUGAUUAUAUAGAGCAGUGUGGACGGAAAAUUUCCAAGGAGAGUUAUAAAUAUUAUUAUUUAUUGAGAACUUAAGUCUCUCUCUUCGGCUUUACUGCGAGAACGCAACGUACGACGCACGACUAUCUGUGAUUUCUUUUUUAAUCGCACAGUCAGAUUGCUGUUUGCCCGUUAUAAUUGGGAUUAAACGCCACGUAUAUAUCCAAGGACGCCGCUCGUUUAGCGAGCUAAUUGAUACAUAUUUUAAAGCCUACGCUGGACAUCGUUAAGCCGUAUUUAUCUUAAUAGUAAUAAUAAUAAUAUCUAACUGAAAAGUUAGAUAUUAGAGUAUCUAACUAUUAAUAAUAUUUUAUUUAAUACGCAGUGGGAAAUGUGUCACGUUGAUUAUGUACUUUUAUAUCAUUAUUUAUAUAUGAUUAUUUAUAUCAUUUCUAUUUGAGUGACCUAACACAAUAUUUUUUUACUGCGAAUAACGUCUGAAUAAUAAUGUACCGUGAAUAAAAUCUGUGAAACAUGUUUGCAAUUAGUUUUUUAUUAGUUGCUUUUUCUAAGAAUUCUCACCUUUUCACUUUGAGCUUUUUGAACAUGGAUAGGUAAUGCAUAAUUCAAUUGCAUCUUAUUUUCUUUUGACUUCGAUUUUUAGUUAAUCGAUAAUCGAUGGUUUAUCUCAUUCUUCCAACAAGGAUAUUUUUUCUCGUAUAAACAUUCGGUAUAAUAAGCAACACGCGCGUUAACGGGAACAUCAUUGCAAAUGACACGUCUCUCUUCUGUUUCAGGACUUCUGAAGAUUCGGGUUCCCCGCAAUCGUGCGACGUCGAGCGAAUCUGUUCCGCGACGUCUACGAGAGAGAUGACUUCCGUCCGCACAUGUUACUGCAAACACGAGACAAGCGUGCCGUGCAGGAAGGACAAUGAUGUCGGAGCACAUAAGGAGACGCGACAUCCUGCAACUCCCGCGUCUAAGAAAUCGGUUAUCAGGAAUGGGGCUUGCGGAAAUAAUGAGGAAUCCAGAAAAAUGAGGAGCGUUAUCAAUGAAAAGACGCUUCUUGACAAUCGAUCAGUAGAGGUGCAACCUUCCGAUCCAGUCUUAAGUCCCGAAACGUCAGCCGCGCUUGAGAAUGCUGCGAAGAUCGUUGGCAACGCGAAGAUACAACUGAGGGAGAUCUGCGGGACGUCGAGGCCCGAUUCUCCACGGCGGAAUAUAAAUACAUAUUCGGACGAUCCGCCGUUAGACGACGAGGCCGAAGAGCUGCUGUACAUUCGCGAGCUGGUGGCCUCCAAGUUCCACGAGGCGAGCUCUUCGAGAUGCGAGGAUGCGAGCGGCAAGGCAAGUUCGGGGGAACUUCCUCGCGCUCGCAGGGUCGACUUGUCGGCGCCUAAAUUUCGGAUGUCGCAACGACGACGACGACGUGACGACUGGUCGUCCCUGGGGUACGGAGAUAUCGACGAUCGAGGGUCGCGGGAACGUGCCCCGCUUACGGAAGUGCCGCCGAAGGACUCGCUCAGGGACGAGGACGGGAUGACGGUGUGCGACGAUCGCGCUCGCGAUCGUCGGCGAGCAUCGUCGUCAUCGGCAGCGGAACGCGAACUCGUUCGUGCGCGAGGGAACGCGUGCAGAAUUCAGAUGGGACCGUCGCUGCACAUCGUCGACCGGGAAUUGACGAGGCAGGACCUGGAGGACGUGCACAUCUCGCCGGAGCCGUCGCGGGCGCAGAGUCAUCGCGCGAAUACGGCCACUUACGUGCUGCGUCACGACGUCGCCGGGAGCUCCACGUCCGCGGAAAACGAGGCGGAAAUGAGAACGCGGACGCCGAGAACCGUACUACGCGCUAGAUUAGGUCCGCUGCAACGAGAAAAACGCGGCAGGCUGAUCGACUUUUCUGCCGACGCUGCGGCAGCCGAGGCGGAAAAACGCGCCGGGGAUUCCGCUUCUGCUGAACGAGCUGAAUCGUCGACGUCUCGAGCUCAGGAGUACGAAGAGGAUCAAGAGUCCGACUUGAGAGAUACCGGAGGGACGAGAAUACUCGAACGCUUGGGACCGGCGAUGAAUGAUGGAGCGGCUAAUUACGCCGCAACGGCAGAUUCAGAGACCGGUAAUGAAAAAUCGAAGGAGAAAAACGGGAACCAGGCCGAGGUCACUUUCUCGCCCGAUGACACGAGGAGCCGUUACGCGGAGGAGACUGGCGGAGGGACAUCCAAUAAGAGGAGCGACAUUGACAAGCGAGCCGCUCGUCGGAAUCCACGGGACGACGGGAGCGCUGCAGAUGAGAUUCGGGAGGAGAACCAAGGCGAUCGAUCAAAGCCGCCGUUUCCUCCCGGCGACGCUCCGAGAAAAACAGGUUCCUUGCGACGCGAAAAUAUCACGUCGAUGGGAAGCGCGCGCGCGAUUGAUGAAUGCCUUUCGAACACGUACGACAGUCAUAGCGGACAAACAAACGACGAGCCGCGUGAUGACGUCGCCGGCGAGAAUGUGCGUCGUCGGUCUUUCACAUCGCGCGAUCUCCGCACGAAGGGCGAGGCGAGCGAGGUCGAUCUCUAUCAGCCGCGUCUUGAUGACUUGGAUUUAAUUCUGCUCUCCAAUGAGGAGAGACUCAGGCGCGUCACCCGCGCGGCCGAGAACUUCGUGGAAUUGUUGUCGAGGCCAGAAUUCGCGAGAUACAGACCGGAUGACGGCGAGCAAACAACGCCGCGAUACGCGAAGCCCAAGGAAUUUUACCGCGAGUCGUCAGCUGAUAAGAAAUUUCAAGAAGAAAUUCCGUUCGCGAGGAACGAGUCAACCAGAUCGUCGGUGCUGGAGACCGAGUUGAGGAACGAGGAUUUGACGACGGAGACCAAGUCGUCGAUUCUCGCGAGGGAGACCGAUCGCGGGCGCGAUGAUGACGCGAUGAAGAACUCUGUCGAAUUUAGCACGUAUCCCGCAUCGGAGGCGAGCGAUGGUUUCGGGUCACCUCGACCUGACGAGGCUCAGCCAAACGCUGAGGCGCGCUUAUCCGACGUGUCGAUGGACAAAUCGGAUGCCACGGCAUUCUCCAACCUGCUUCCCGCGUUAUCCAGCACGCGCACGACGGAGACGCAGACGUGUCGCCGUUAUCGGGACGAGCAAAUUGUUCAGGGCGAUCCUGCUGACGUGGAGUCGCGCGUUACAGCCGCAAAUCGGCGCGAUACCGAUCGUUCCCGGAAGCGAGGGCGCUCCGGCGAUAUCCUCUUACAGGUCCUUCAUGGCCUGAGGGACACGUCCGGAUCCGCCGCGGACCGAUUCGUUACCUACAUCCUGCAGGACGAAAAGCAGAGCGUCGAGAGGAAGGUGACGAGCGCUUUGAAGGAAUCAGCGAUCACUCCCAUCGCGGUGCAGAAGUUGUUGGAUCGUCUGCGCGAGGUCGAAUCGGCCCGCAACGCGCACCAGACGGAGACCUUGGGUAUCCUGAAGGAUAUUCUAAUUAACGCCAAGAGUGAGGCUGAGGAAGAUGCCGAGAAUAUAAAUAAACAUGACAAGGAAAUCUCUUCGUCUUCCCAUCUUGCUAAUUUGUCGGUUCGGACGAAUCGAACGACCCCGAAUGAAACCGAAAAGUUAAUCUCGCGGAAGGAGAGCCCCCGGCAGAUGCGAGCGACAGCUGACACGAGUAAAGUCGAGCGGAUCACCGAAAAUUUUCAAGAUCUUAAGCGUCGCGAUAACAAUUCGUCCAAUUUCUCCGUGAAUCAGGAUACACGAGAAAGCGUUCAAUCUGAGACGCGUUCCUCCGAGGCUACCGGUGGCCCUAAGAAUAAUAAUAGAAGUAAGGGAGAUCCGUACUCGGAGGCCGAGUCGUUGAAGCAAAUCUCCGAUAUUCGUAGCGACGACGAUGAAGACACGAACUCUCGGCAUUUAUCUACAAAGACUGCGUCUGUAAAAUCGAGUAGGACGGCGGUUGGCGAUGCAGAUGUUGCGAUUGCAGCAUCUGGCGAUGACGCGCAAAAUAAUAAAAAUCUUGCAAAUCAAGAUGCAAAUGAAAAUAUUAUGCAGACUGCUAUCGACACGCGAUUAUUAAAUAUUUCUGCAGAAGCUUCUUCCGUCGCUGCGAGGGAAAUCGUAACACAGGAAGCGCACGAUACGAAUGUCGCAUUGGCGAAUAAAAAAGGAAAUUUACUUGCGGAAAUUUCGGAAACGAAGGAGCGAGUUCGAUCUUUGCCGGAUGCGAGCCCCGCCAAGUCGAAACUUCUCGGCAGGGAAGUUUUAAAGGAGAAGAACGUCACUUUUGUACAUUCGUUGGCAACGGAAGACGUCGGAUCUCCGUGCGCGAUCAAAACUGACAGUAAUUCGCAACAUCCUGUUGAGAAGGCUAUUCAGGAAGGCCACGCUCCCGCGAAAUCUUGCUCGGCUGAUUCUCCGCGAGAGUCCGCUUCGUCGUCAAGCGCGAGGAAUAGCGAGUCACCCUUAAAGGAAACUGGGUCGCAGACUUGUUUUAAUAUCGAGGGAGAAGAUAAUUCAAUAAAGGAUACGAGGGAUGAGGCUGCUGGCAAACCGACGACUAUGGCAGUAAUUGAGAAUGGAGACUUUGGGCUUGCAAAAAGCGCGGGGAACGAUGCCGAACGGCGGUCGAGGAAUACAUUACUAGAGUAUAAAUUGGAUAUCCUGUCUGGUUCUAAUUCCAGCAUCAGCAGUGCAUUACUGGAUCACGAUAAUAGAUAUAUCAACGGUAUUUCUGGCGUGAAAGUAAAGGGGGUCGAGACAGCUUCACCCGAGACUUCGUCCCACUCCGAGGGUGAGCUGUACAUGCCGAGCUCGUGUUCCUAUUCUCUCGGUGAGGUGAGGGUGCUGAGGAAGAGGGAUUUGAUCGCGGACAGCACGACGGAUCGCGACAGCAGCAGCGUGACGGUACUGGUUACCAGGAGCAUGUUAACGUCUUUAAAUGACUCGACGACGAUGAGUACGCGAAAAGGAGGAGAUCGAUUAACGACGUUCUAAUUUUCCAACUUUUUUGUUUCUCUUGCAGUCUCUGCUGGGCAGCUCUGGGCGCGUCUAAACCGCUCCAUGAACUCAUCUGAACAUUUUGUCGUGAAAUGUCUGAACAGUUUGCUUUUAUUAUAACACAAAAGGAUUUAAACGCACAUUUUUUUAUAAUUAUUCUUGUAUUUAUAACUAAUAGAAAUAGAAAAGCACGUCAGUUGCUUCGAUUUCGGAAUAACAUAGCAAUCGCAUCAUGUGUGUGUGUGUGUGUGUGUAUAUACAUGUAAUUAUAUUAUAGAUAAAUCAGAGUGCCCCCAA